GUUAAAAUGAGGAUGAACUCGACACAGGUUUCAUAUUUCACACUGAGUGCCUACUUUGAUACUGGACCUAUAAAAUAUAUAUAUUUUACAAUUCUAACAUUUCUAUAUAUUUUAAUUCUUUGUGCCAAUGUGUUGCUGAUUGUGAUUAUCUGUAUGAACAGAAGUUUACAUGAACCUAUGUACCUGUUUCUGUGCAGCCUGUUUGUAAAUGAACUGUAUGGUAGUACAGGGUUGUUUCCAUUCCUUCUGCUUCAGAUCCUCUCUGACAUUCACACUGUUUCUGUUCCCUUUUGUUUCCUGCAGAUUUACUGUGUGCAUUCAUAUGUGUGUGUGCAAUUUUUAAAUUUAGCCGUCAUGUCUUAUGACAGAUACCUCGCUAUCUGUUAUCCUCUACAAUAUAACACACAUAUGACAACUAAAAAGGUCACAAGGUUUAUUGCUGGAACAUGGUUAUUCCCUUUUCUUGCAAUUGGUUUUUUGGUAUCAUUGAGUUUCUCUUUACAGCUGUGUGGGAACAUUAUUGACAAAGUUUUCUGUAUGAAUUAUUCUAUUGUCAAACUGGCCUGCUCUGACACCAGUGUAAAUAAUAUUUAUGGACUCAUUUACACAGUUAUUAUAAUCAUUAUUCCUCUCAUUUUAAUCCUUUUCUCUUACAUGAAGAUUCUUAAAGUUUGUUUUUCUGGUUCUAAACAGACCAGACAAAAAGCUGUCAGUACCUGCACACCUCACCUUGUUUCUCUGAUCAUUGUUUCUUUUGGAGCUUGUUUUGAAAUAUUACAGAGCAGGUUUAAUAUGAGCAGUGUACCUAAUAUGUUGAGAAUUUUUUUAUCACUGUAUUUUCUAACAUGUCCACCUCUCUUCAACCCUGUACUGUAUGGACUAAAUCUGUCUAAAGUCCUCACCAUCUGCACCGAGUUCCUGUUGAACAGAGUCCGUUCAUAG